UUCCCCUAAUAAACAAUGUUGCAGUGAUAGCUCCACCAAUAUGUGACCACAAACCCCUCAUUUUGGAGAGCAUUUCCAAAUCUCUAAUCUUCAUUAAUUCACUUCCUUAUUAAAUUUCCCCUUUCUUUUCAGAAAUUGAGCAUACCUCUUUUUAUGCUCAACUAGCCAACAACUAUAUUAUCAAUAUCACCUUAGUUCAUACAACCGACACCUAAUACCUUCUAGUGUUAUCAAAGGUCAAUAUUAACUAGAAAGGGAUAGUGGAUUUACAAGCAUAGCUCCUACGUGAAAGUGAUCAAAGUUAUUAAAAAAAAGAAAGUGUUCAAAAAGACAAAACUUAGGUUAAGCAUUGCUCAAUCCCCUCCUUUAUUAACAUGGAAAGAUCAUCCAUCUCUUCUUCCACUAAAAGGCGAGGUAUAAAGAAAAGGGUAGUAGAAAUUCCAAUGAAGGACGUGGAAGGGACUAACACUCCACCGUCCGAUUCAUGGGCAUGGAGAAAGUACGGUCAGAAACCAAUCAAAGGUUCCCCUUAUCCAAGGGGAUACUAUAGGUGUAGCAGUUCAAAGAGUUGUCCGGCGAGAAAACAAGUGGAAAGGAACCAUGUGGACCCCACUGUGCUCCUUGUAACAUACUCCUCCGAUCACAACCACGCCGUGCCGCUUCCUAGAAACCACCGCAACAAUAACAACGAAUCUGCUAAAUCAAACAAGGAUUCCGAAUCGGAACACGAACCCGAACCAGAGGAGAGAUUUACGGAUCUUGGAGAGGAAUCUCUGAUCGCCGUCGCGGAUGAGUUAGGAGGAUGGUUGGGAGAAGUGGAAGCGAUCGCGUCGCCGGCGGUUCUGGAGUGUCCGAUUUUCUCAGAUCAGGAAUUGUCAAUGUUGGGGGAAGAGGAGGAGUCGCUGUUCGCGGAUCUCGGAGAGUUGCCAGAGUGCUCGGCGGUGUUCUGGAGAGGGAGGAGGAGUAUUGCCGGCGAAGUGAGUGUGGGACCACUAGUUGAAGCUAAUUGCUCCUUGUGACACGUGUCGCAACUGUGUUUCGUUGUUCCACAACUAGUAUUUUUUUUUUCUUGUUUGUUUUCCCGGGUUUGUUGGGUUUAGUUUGGAAAAAACAAAAUUACAAGUGGAUAUAUGCAGUUGGGAUGAUUCUGUCCCCACGUGUUUGUAAUUAUUAUCAAUCUCAUAAUAAUAAUCAUAAUAAAUUAGUAAUUUA